CCGCCCCUUCCCGGCUGGGGGCGCACGUGCGGCGAGGAUGAGCAAGAGGAAGGACCCCCGCCCCCACCCCGCGCGGCCCCCGCCCGCCGCCUCCGCCCGGCAGCCCUCCGCCUCCGCCUGGCAGCUGAAGACGCAGCUGCGGACCCGGCAGGACGUCGGCCAGGCACUGGAGACUUUCGUGUCCAGGGCCAGGAAGUUACCUCCAGCUGGCCCGUGUGAUGUCGUGGAAGAGUACGUCAAGAUCUCGGUGGAGUGCGCGGAGAUCUUCCAGCUGUUCGGUGGAGAGAAGAGGCCGGAGAGGGAGGUGAUGCUGAUCCUGCAGGCCCUGGAAGCCAUCCUGCUGCGCACGGCCAGCGACCUGGCCCACCUGCGCAUCGUGGGGACCAACAUCGUCAAAACCCUCAUCAACAAUCACAUGAAGGUGCUCUACGAGUCGCUGUUCGCCUCGGGCUACCAGAUGUCCCGGGCCUGCCUGAACCUCAUGGCGGCGAUGGUGGCCCAGGGGCCGGAUGCCGCCCGCGACGUCUACGGCCAUUUCGACUUCAACAAGAAGCCCCUCCGGGCUCUGGUGACCAGACGGAGCCCCAAGGGCCUGCCCGACGUCCGGAUGGCGUACGUUCAGUUCGCCCUCUCCUUCCUCAUCGCCGGGGACGACAACACCAUCGCGCAGGUGCUGGAGCUCAAAGACUUCAUCCCGGCCAUUUUCAGCACCGGCUUGAGAGAGGACAGAAUCUCCACCAUCGACCUCCUGCUGUCCACCCUGAGAUCCAAGGUGGUUCACAAUAAGAGCGUCACCAAGACCCAGAAGGUGCGGUUCUUCACCGGGCAGGUCCUGAACCACCUGGCCUCGCUCUACCGCUGGAACGGGAUCCACGACGUCAGCACCGGGGACGUGCGGGACGCCGAAGGAGGUGGCAAGGCCGUGGUCAGAGAGAUGACCCACACCUUCCUCAAGGAUCUCUGCUGCUCCCUGAAACAUGGAAUUAAUUUCUACGACGCGUCCCUGGGCACGGCGGGCAGGGGAGGAAACCUGAGCCUCCUGCACUUCCUGUUGGGGCUGAAGACGGCCCCCGAGGACGAGCUGGUGGCCGACCUGGUGGUCAGCAUCCUCAGAGUGUGUCCGGACCUGCUGCACAAGUACUUCAAGGAAGUCAACUUCUCCUUCGUGCCCAGGCUGAAGUCCGCCUGGCUCAACAACAUCAGGCUCCUGACCCAGAUCUACGCGGCGCAGCCUGAGGUGUCCAGGGCCUUUGACAGCGCGGAGUAUAUCCCGCCGUCCAGGCUGCUGUCCAUGGUGAUGGUGACCACCGUGCCCGCCGUGUGCAACAAGGCCAUGUUCACCCAGGGCCUGAACCUGGAGAACGGGAUCGUGAAGCACACGGUUUUGACCCUGGUGUCCACCAUCCUGAAGAGAGCCCUGCGGAACAUCGACCGCUGCCUGGACGGGGAGUCGUGGCCGGCGUCGGCCCCCAUCGGGCCGGCCGCCAGGGAGGAGUUUGUGCGUCUCUACAGGGAGUCCCUGAGCAAGCUCUUACCGGAUCUGAACAGCGUGGUGUCGGCGUGGCGGUCGCUGUGCAAGCGGGAGCCCGGGCCCCAGGACGGGCCGGCGGGGGACGGGGAGGAGCCCCGCCCCGCCGGGGACCUCGGGCCGGAGGACGUGGAGGUCCCCCUCCUGAAGGCGGCCGUGCUCCGGGUCCUCUGCCUGUACCAGAGGACGGUGCCCCAUCUCGUCUUGCAGUGCAACUUCGACUUCAGCAAGCUGCUGAGAGGGAUUGUCACAGAGAAGGGGCUCGGCCGGGAGACGGCCCCCGACCUCCAGUACCACAUCCUGAAGGUGGCCCUAGAGCUGCCGGCCAGCAAGUUCUCCUGGUUCCGGGCCCAGGAUGGCCCGGAUCCAGAGACCGCGGGCGGAGAGAGGUCGGUGUUCUACCUCCUGAUGAAAAUGUUCGUGACCAGCAACCACUCGCAACUCAAAGCCUCCACCGAGCAGCUGAUCGUGAAGGUCUUGCGAGACACGGGAGUGUUCGAGCACACCUGGGCGGAGCUGGAACUGUGGCUGGGACACCUGGACAGCGCAGCUGACGAGAGAAAGGAAACCUUGAUCCAGUUUCUGGAAAGCGUUUUCCUAAAGCUGGUGUCCGGCCCCCACGUGUACACCGACAAGGCCGCCGACUUCGUCCAAGAAGCCGGCACGCUCCAAGCCGGGGCCGCGAAGCAAGAAGCCGACAGCGUCAGCCUGCCCGUGUCCCACAUCGAUGAUGUGCUGCACACGGUGGACGUGCUGGUGGAGGACGGCGAAGACCUGGACCGGGAGCUCGGCGCGUCUCUGACCGAAGACGUGAUCCUGCUCACCUUCCCCUUCAGCGCGCUGGUGCCCGCCGCCCUGGAGGCCCGGAAUAAACUGCUUCUUGAGGACAGGAGCGCGGAGGGUGUCGGCGUGGUGGAGUACCUGGUGACGGUGGGCACCGACCUCUUGCACACCCAGCGGGACCCCCUGGCCCUGUGCCUGCUGUUCCAGGCCUACGACCGGGAGCAGCCCCCGAGCCCGCCGUGGGCCGCCCAGCUGCGCCGCUUCAACGCCUACUACCGCCUGUGGAUCCCUGCCCACGCCCAGGACACCCCGUUCGCAGCCCCCGACCCCGACCCCCUCGUCCUCGCCGCCUCCCCGACCCCGCAGGGCGGCGCCUUUUGCUCCUUGCUGAAGGAGGCCUACGCGGGCGGCGCCGCCCACCGCCUGCUGGAGGAGACGGUCCAGGCCCGGCUGACCGAGGCCGUCGCUCAACUCCGGAGCCCGCAGCUGGCCAUCGCCGCAAAGCACGUGUUGCUCUACCUCAAAACCUCCGUCGACAACUUCGCCGCGCUGGAGCGGCGCGCCGGUCCCGCCCUGGUCAGCUUCUUCCUGGACCUGCUCGGCCGCCUGGUGGCCCGCUGUGGCCAGUUGGACGCCCACUACCGGCGCAGAUGCGAGGCGGCUCGCGCGCAGUCGGAUCUGUUCGUGGACCUGGAGUCGCUAGCUUUGGUGGAGUCCGCCGGUGACCGGACCUUAGGCGAGGUGCUCGGCUGGACCCUGACCCACCCCACGCUGACCAGCUGGUUCCUGGCCUCGGAGCGACAGGCGCUGCCCCCGCACUCCCUCCGCCCGCCCCGCGUCCGGCAGCUCUCGGCCCAGCUGAGCGGCGGCGUGCUGCGGCUCCUGGAGGUCGGCGCGCCCCUGGCCCGGCGCUCGGGCCGCCUGCACCUGCUCUCCGGCUACCUGGACGCCGUGGCGGACGGCGUCCUCGCGGAGCUGCGGGCCGGACGUCCCGCCCCCGCCCCGCUGGAGGCCCUCAGGGCGCUUCACGGGUACCUGGGCCCCGCCCGGCUCCGGGCCGUGACACGGGCGCUCCUGGAGCUGCCCGGGGCCGGCCUGGCGGCGAAGGCGGGCCCGCGGCGGGAGCGGCGGCUGAGCGUGCCGGGCGCGGCCCUGGUGCGGCUGCUGGCCGCCGCCGCGGAGGAGGAGCCCGGCGACGGGGGGCCGGGGCCGCUGACCCCGGGACACGUCCGCGCCCUGUCAGCCCUGCUGCCCGAGCUGGCUGUGGACGAACUGGACGCGGCGUUGGCGCGGGCCCUGAGCGGGGACCCCGGGGCGGCCCACGGGGUCGGGGGCCGGGUGCUGACCUACUGCCUGGACCGGGGGACGGAGGCCACGCUGGCCGCCGCGGCCGCCCUGGUGGAGGAGAGCGCCACCCAGCUGCUGCGGUUCGAGCUCUGGUGCCUGCGCCCGGGCACGGUGGGGCACCUGCGACGGCACGCCGAUGCCUUCCUCCCGCUGCUCGGCCGUUACCUGCGGUGCAGGGAGCGGCAAAGACCCGCCCGGCCCCGCCGAGUGGAGUCCGCCGUCACACUGGUCCUGCGGAAGGCCCUUGGGGAGCGGCUGCAGCGCGGGGUCCUCGGGGCCGGCCCCCCGGCCGGGGGGCCGGAGCAGGGCCCGGCGCACGAGGUCCUCGCGGGCCUGAUCGGGGACUCGGGAGCCGAGGAGCUGGCCGCCCUCCGGGACGGGCUGCCCGACGUCCUGGAGAGGGAGGAGCGGCCCAGGAGCUGGGUGGUGGCCGCGGCCGUGUCGGCGGCGCUGGAGCGGUCGCCGGAGAAGCCCGCGGCCUGGAGGGAGGCCCUGCUGCGGGCCUGCGCCCGGUGGCUCGUCGCCUCGUUCGGCCGCGGGGAAGCGGAGGAGGGCGUCCGCGUGACGGAGGAGUCCAUGCUGUCGAGGCUGCGGGAGCUGCUGCAAUCCACUGGGGCCGUGGAUCCUGCAGACUGGCAGAAGCUGGUGAAGGCCGGGUUGAGGUUCCGCUACCGAGACCGCCCGUUCCUCGCGGCCCUGCGUGCCGGCAUCCGGCUGCUGUACCAGCCGGGCAGUCCCCUCGGCCAGACGCUGGUCCCGUUGCCCCUGGUGUACACGAUGGUCACUCAGCACUCCGCGUUCCUGCCGACCAUCCUGAGGGCGAGGCGGGAGGAGGAGGAGGAGGAGGAGCAAGAGCCGGACAGCCCGAGUGCCCCAGUGAAAGAAGCCCUCGUGGACCUCCUGGUAACCAUCGUGGAGCUCUGUCCUUCGGUGUGUGAGAGCAACCACUUCGCGGUGCUGCUGGGAGCCUACGGGGCCAGCCUCGGCACUCUGGACCAGAAGAUCCUGCUGCUGCUCCGGGCGUACGAAAAGAACGACCACAGCCUCGUCGGCUUCAGGCUGCUGCUGUGGGGCCCCGCUGCCGUGGAGCACCACAAGACGUGCAAGUCGCUGGGCAGGUCUCUCUGGCAGCAGCCUAGCGUCGGGGAGAUCCUGGGCCUGCUGGACCGAGACCGGAUGAUGAAGACCAUCCUCCACUUCCCGCAGAACCGCCGGCUGCUGCCCCCGGAGGGCUCCCGGGGAACCCUCUUCACGGACCGGAGCGGCGUAGAGCUCGAGGACCUCUACGACCCCUGCUUCCUGCUGCAUCUCUUCAGCGAGCUCACCAGGCCGGAGUCGGUGGUGGACUGCCACCAGUUUGUGGAGGCCAACGCCCUGGGCCUGGUGGUCGCCGCACUGAGCAGCUACGACCCCGACAUGAGGGCCGCGGCCUACUACGUCCUGGUCUCCUUCCACGGCCACCUGGAGGGGGCCCGGUUUCGAGAACAGUCGCAGCUGCUGUAUCUCUUGGACGUGGUGCGAGGCGGAAUCCGAUCGCGCAACCUGAGGCUCACGUACUCCCUGACGCUGUUCGUCGCCAAGGCCGCCCGGCAGAUGCUGAGCCCCGAGGAGCACAUGUACAUGAAGAUCAACAGAUUCCUCCUGUCGCACGAGUAUUUGGAUUUGAACAAAGUCCCUGGCUUCUAUCAGCUUUUCUACAGCUCCGGCUUUGAGCAUCGAGCGGAGAGGGAAUGGGUGUUGGAAGUCCUGCGACGAGGAAUGCGUGACAAGUAUUGCUACGAGCUCUAUGCCUCCCAGGGGAUUUUCCGGAUCCUCCUGUGCUUCUUCCACAGCCCCCUGUGCGACGACGUCAUGCAGAACUGGAUCGUAGAAAUCCUGCAGAGUUCCGCCCGGGUCACCAAAUCCGCCUACGAGCUCAUACGGGAUCACAGCCUCCUAACCUGGAUCUUAUACGUCUUGGAGAAAAAGCUCCUGCCCGGCCGGCUGCUCUCUGGCAUCAUCUCGCUUGUGCACACGCUGUGGGUGACCAACCUGGGCGACAAAGGAUCGGAGGAGCCGGCCUCCCAGCCGCAGGCCCCCAAGCUGUUGGCCCUGCACUUUGUCGGCGAAUUCCUCUACGUGCUGACGGUUCUGGCCAGACAGCUGCGGCCCGGCCUAGAUGGCUCCCCGCUGGCCCAAUACCUGAGCACCCUCCGCUCGGUGCUGCGGCACCGGGACGCCGCCCUGACGGCCUUCAGGGCCCUGGGCCGCUUCACCGUGAGCGAGCAGGCCUUGUCCGCCAGCGACGUCCUCUGGCUUUUGCACCACUGGAGUUUCGUGGACAAGGACGGUCGGCUCCAGGACGACCUGAGAGCGGCCGCUGAGAAGUACCGGCUCACGGAGCUGCUGCGAGCUAUCAAGGACAGGAACAAGCCCCCGGCUCCAGCUCGGGCCAGAGCCCAGCGUGGCCGGAGGAAGCCGGAGGCGGAGGCGGCGGACGGUCCGGCCGAGGCGGCGGACGGUCCGGCCGAGGCGGCGGGCCCCGGCCCGGAGCGGUGCCGCGGCCUCCUGCGGGACGUCGUGACCCACUGGACCCCCGAGCCCCCCGCCAGCCUCCCGGAGCUGGCAGAGGCCCCCGGCGGCCCCGAGCUGGCAGCGGCGAGCCUGACGGCCCGCUGGGUGCUGAGGACGCUGGCCGGCCCCCUCGAGGCCCAGGAGACCGCCCGAGUCCUCCCGGCCUGGUUCGGAAGCAGCGUCCUGCCCUUCCCGGCGGUGGCGGAGGAGCUCCUCGGCGACGCCGCGGUGGCCGACGGCCUCUUCCGGCUGUACGGCCGUGUGUGCCGGGCCGCGGGGGCCGGGGGAGGGGUGGCGGGCUGGCCCGAGCUCUGCCGGUUCAACUCGCUCAUGCUGCGGCUGCUGGCCGCCCGGGGGGCGCCCCGGGAGGGCUCCCUGCACGCCGUGGUGGACGAGCUCUCCCGCUCCUCCGAGAGCGAGGAGGAUGAGGCGAGGCGAGCCGCGGCGGCGUUCCUGGUGUCUCUCUACGUCAAGGACGUCUGGCUGGAAGUGGAGCGAGUCGACACCUUGCGGGCCCACGUGCGACUGAUCUGUUCCGGGGAGGAGGAGGAAGAGGAGGGAGGGGCGGCGGCGGGCAGGAACCGGGACCCCGUCGUGGCGCUAUGCAGGGACCUGGCCGCCACCCUGGACGGCCCGGGGGAGGCCAGCGCGUAAACGCUGUCCCCCGGCCCGGCGAGGAGAGAGGGAAGCUGGAGGUGCAAGCCGGCGGCCGGGAGCAGCGGGGCGGUUGGAGCCCGUCCCGUGGCCUGCCUGUGUGCCUGGCCGGCGCUUACAACGGUGCUCUGCGCCUAGUAAGCCCCUAACAAAUGCCGCCGUAGUUAUUAUUUAAGCGCUCCAGACUUUGGGGCCCGGAAGGUGAUUGGGUUGCGAAAGGGGCAAGGCCCCAUUGCCCCCUUUGGCUCCGGAAAGUCCCAGCUCAAACGUUAUUCCCACGUUAGCUUGGGAAAGGGGCGGGAGGAUGUGUUUAUCGUCGAUCUGUCUUCUCAGAGACUUGGGGAAUUCUCCCCACCCCACAGAGAUGAGGGCUCUCGGGGUAUCUUUCGGAAGGGUGGAUAGCAACCGCCGUCGAUUUUUCCAUUAAUAAAAGAUUCGGUUCUGUAGUC